AGCAUGAGCGCCCCGGAUCAAAGCGCCGCUGCCUCCGAGACUCGCUUCCAGGUGCAUCUGUCGGCGCCGGAGCGCUAGGGGCGUGAGAGAGAGAGAAGGAAAGGAGAGGGGACGCCUUGGGAUCUUCUGAGUGCGAAAGGAAUGGCGAUGUAUGAGGAUCACCCGAGUGCGUUUCCGCCGACGGAUGCCGGCGUCCUAGGCCAGAACGCCACCGCCUUCCGGAGCGAGACCGACGCGCGCUACGCCGAGGUCUCCAACAUCAUGGCGGUGCCCGACUGCUACGCCGACGUGGAGCUCGACUACGUGACGGCGUGCAACCUGACCAACGGCACCAACUUCACCUCCGCCAUCCCCGACAGCCUCACCAACAUCAACAUGACGCAGCUGAUCGCCUACUCGCUCCUCUUCCCCUUCGCCGCCAUCGGGAACCUGAUGGUGUUCGUGGCGCUCUUCCGCAGCCGCCACCGCAAGUCCCGCGUCAACAUGAUGAUCAUGCACCUCUCCCUGGCCGACAUGAUCGUCACCUUCGUCUUCCUGCCGACGGAGAUCACGUGGCACGUCACCAUCGAGUGGGUCUUCGGAAACUUCGGCUGCAAGAUCUACAAGUUCUUCUCGGCUUUCGGGUUCUACAUGUCGUCGAUGGUGCUCGUGUGCAUCAGCCUCGACCGCUACUUCGCCGUUCUCCACCCGCUCAAGGUGAACGACGCGCAGAGACGGGGCAAGAUAAUGCUGUUCUUCGCCUGGCUCAUCUCCGCCGUGAUCUCGCUCCCGCAGAGCGUGAUCUUCAACGUGCAGCCUCACCCCAAGUUUCCGGAUUUCUACCAAUGCGUCACCUUCGGGUUCUUCAACAGCAACAACGGCGGAGAGAUGAUGUACACCAUCUUCUGCAUAUCGUUCCUGUACUUCAUUCCGCUCACUAUCAUCAUCAUCGCCUACACCAGGAUCAUUCUAGAAAUCAGCCGGAAGAGCAGGGACACGCAGCACGACUACACGCGCGAGGAGCGGUACCACGGCCGGUUGCAACUACGGAGGAGUAACAUGUCCAACAUAGAGCGCGCGAGGACGAGGACGUUGCGCAUGACGUUCAUUAUAGUCAUGGCUUUCAUCUGGUGCUGGACGCCCUAUGCGCUGGCGACGCUGUGGAACUUCAUCGACCCGGUCACGUUCCACAACAUGAACAAACACGUCCAGGACAUCCUGUUCAUCAUCGCCGUCAGCAACUCGGUCGUUAACCCGUUCAUUUACGGCCGUUACUCCAUCAGCUGUUGCCGGGGCCUCUGGAACACCACCGGCGACCUCUGCUGCUACUGGUUCUGCCCUUGUACCUCCGGCAGGAACCUUGUCCCCCCCCAGCCCCCCAACGCCAACUCCUGCAAGAGCAACGGGCAUUUCAACGCCUCCGCCCACACGCGCAGUACCAUCUAUAACAACUCCACCAGAGACAGGAUGGUCGUCGGUGUGCGUAUACAGGGAUCUUGUUCCAGAGAGACGUACAAAAAAAUGAGCCAAGAUGGAGGCGACCCAGCUACCCGGAGAGCCAGUGCUUCGGCAGGCGCUUCGAAGCAGCUCGGCGGGAACGAAGCACCGAAGCUGGCCCCCCCCGUCGAGAGAGAGAGCCCAAGCGAUUCGCGAGAAGAGGGAAGGGCGGAAGAGGCGGAGGUCGAGGAAGACUUCGGCGAACGAGACGCGUCGGCAGGAAAGGAGGGUCAAGAAGCUGCCUCUGCGACCUCAACGCCCACGACGCCCACGACACCCACGACGCACCCGAUGCCCACGACGCCCUUGACGCCCAAAGGAAGCAAUGAGGCAGGGCGAGACGCGGGAAUCUGCCAGGCAAGAGAUCUGCCAGAGGAGGAUGAGCACUCAGCCUUACUAUCCCACUCUCCGAGACCGUCUGUCAUUGGAGGUAAAGGUGCGGAAUCUGUUUAUGGAAUGGAACCGAAACUCGCUGCGGUCGUCGAUGCCCCCUGAGGCCGAGCUGCAGUCCAUGGUGCCCCUGGGAAUCACCGCCUUCAUGAACCACAAGGCGCCCACGCCCUCCCGCGCCACGCCGCCGCCGCCCACGCCCUCGCCCCACCCUCUGCGCCCCUUCAUGU